AUGGAGAUGACAAGGCCGAAGCCAACGAGUACAGGCUCAGGCUACUUCUCGGACGUCAACAAGCGCUCGACGUCUCCUGACACGGGGGAGAUGCAGGCGUCAACAAGUGAUGUAGAAGCUAGCUCAAGCCUGUCUGCCGAGUAUGCCAUGGUCCAAUCGCCUUCUGUCUUCGAUGUCAAGGACCGGCCUUCGCUCUCAAGAUCGGGCUCGGACACCUCGAUGACGAGCGCCGAGGGCAGCGAGCAGGAGAUCAAGUUUGAGGACAAUCGAGCCGAGCUCGGACAGCGCAUCGAGGUAGCUGCCGACAUGGCGAGUGCACUACAGAGCUUCAACAGAGAUCACAAGACACUUGUCUAUCCUCGGGCAACGACCUACACGACCGCGAGCAUCGGCGAUCAAAGCCGGCCUGGUCUGUCUCCCCUGCCCAGCCAGGACAACAGCAUGCGCAAUGAAGUACUGCGUGCUGCCAUGCUUCGUACACAGUCGACUUUGAGUGCGGCAGGCGAGAUACCCGCCUCGGCACUGCAGCCACGAGCCCAGCCGGUACGAUCCUACUCUGCCCCGCCAGAUUCGGCAGCACAGGGAUUGAUCGUACUCGGUGUCGAUCUCAAGAUGGGCCAUCAGUCUGUGCCCAUCUCACCCUCUGCACCUGGAGCACGAGGUUGUCAGCAAAUCGAGGCGGGCAUGGACCCGGUCACGCUGGCCGCCAUGCUUGCCCGCCGUCUCACUCAUGUCACUCGCCAUCUGAGCUCGCUCAAGACUCGCAUUGAUGACAAUUUGCUCCGCAUCCUGAUCACAGGCGACACCAAUUCGGGCAAAUCCACCUUGCUCAAUGCGUUCUUGCGCCGUAUGCUCAUGCCUGUCGAUCAGCAACCUUGCACGACCGUGUUCAGCGAGAUAUUGGAUGCCAGCAGCAAUGGCGACGUUGAGGAAGUGGUGGCGCAUCUCAUCGAUGGCGAAGAGGAUAGUGUCGAGCGCUUCGGCGUCGAUGAGCUAAGCGAGAUCUCGUCUGAUCUCGCAGACAAAUAUGACAGCAUCAAAGUCUACGUCCAAGGCUUGCAUGAUCCAGUGAGAAGUAUCCAGCCAACGGAAGAGACGGGCGAAAUCCAGCCCUCGUUCGUGCAAAGCAACGCCUUUUCCAUCUCGCUCAUUGAUGGGCCCGGCCUCAAUCGAGCAAAUGCGAUGACAACAGCGCUAUAUGCGCAGCAGUCAGAGAUCGAUGUCAUUCUCUUCGUUGUCGCCGCCGAAUCUCACCUGACACAAUCAGGGCGAGACUUCCUAGAGGCUGCCAGCCAGGAGAAGCAACAUCUCUUCUUCGUCGUCAAUAAAUGGGCUGGCAUCAGAGACAAGCCGCGCGCCUACAGAGCAAUAGGAGCACAGAUCGAAGAGCUCAGCCCGGCUACUUGGCGCAACCGCAUCGAGCUCGUUCACUUUGUCGAGUCUGCUUCUGCCGUGCCCGAGCCGGGCCAACCACUGCUUAUGCAAGAUGGCGGCCUGGCCCACCUCGAAGCCAAUGUUCGCUCGUGCGCACUCAAACAUCGUACGCGCUCGAAGCUUCAACCCGCCAAGAACUUUCUCUGCAAUGUCCAGAGCGACUUUGUUCAGAUCGCAAAGGCCAAUCUUGCCGAUGCAGAGCAGAUCCUCGAAAAGGCGCACGCCGAGCUCAGCUUGAUCAAGCCGCUACAAGUCGCCAUGACACAGCAGAGCGAAUGGCUCAAGCGAGAUCUGCACGAUCGUCAGGAUGCAGUAUCGAGCCAGACAAGCCAGAUGGCCGAAGAGCGUCUCCGUCGAGCGCUGUCCGCUGUAAGCAAUGGCAAGCUCUGUCCUGCUUUGCCAGACACUGGCGUCGUUCCUGCUAGCUACAGCAGAAUCUCGACAGCUCGUCCGAGCGUCUUGCCGCCCUUCCCAGGCGUGUUUGGCAUAUGGUCCUGGGCGGACGAGAUUCGCAAGACGCUCGCUCAAUCGAUCGAACACGAACUGCAGCAAGCCGAAGAUGAUGCCAAGCUGACAACGUACAAGGCCAUGAAGGACACUAUCAAGGAGAUGCCUGACUUGCAGCUAGACUCUGCCGACUGGGAGGCCUAUGUCGAAAAGAUCGAACGCUUCCACCCGGAGAUCAUGUACGAUCGCCGACGGAGGAAUCGCUCGAUACUGCAAGUCUUGGAUGCCAACACGGAUGCGCACGUCAGUCAGAUCGACUUUAUCGACCUCGACAAGCUCACGAGCUUCUUGACGACCGGAGCCUCAAAGAAGUCUGACGCUUCCCGUGUUGGCGGCAUGGGGCUCGGAUUGGGUGCUGUCACCGUCUUUGGCAGCCGUGCGAUUGGCAUCUCUGCCUUUAUAGAGUCCACCAAUCGCCUGCUCGAUUUCUUGGCCAGCGAUUCCGUUCGCAAAUGGGCUGCUCCUCUUGCUGCGGCAGUUGCUCUGUCGUUCUCUGCGUACGUCGUUUGGGAUCUGCCGCAAGCGGUGCCGCGCAAUGUCGGUCGCAGGAUCGUAAAGACACUGAAUGACAAGUCAAAGGCGACUUACCAUGACGCCUCGACUGCCUUCAGCCGAGCGCAAGCUCGCGAGGUCUCCCGAGAAGGCGCCAAGUGUUUCGCGAUGGCAUCAUGGGAUCUACAGCAAAGGCAUGCCUCUACGCUCGAGCGACGUACGACCGAGCGAAGAGGCAUCGAGUCGACGAUCAAGAAAGAGAGUCAAUCCCUACAAUGGUUUGACAGGUAUCUCGCUCAAGCGAGGGCAGAACAAGCGCGUCUUGCCGCACUACAGCUCAGCUGA